AUGCCGAACAUAUCCAGUAUAUCUCAUUACUCCUUAAAGGUGAUAUUUCUAAUUCAUUUAGUCCUAGUAACAUGGAGCAUUCAGGGAUCUUGGUGCCCUAAAUCUGUAAUGUUUUAUAAUUUGCUUUUCUUCAUCUGUCUAUUGUGGGCUAUUCACAAUAACGAAUCAGAUGAACCUCUGCAAUUUGCACUUUUUAUAAAUGUGCUUUCCAUACUUCUUGACAUAGUAACAUUAGCGGUCUACUUUCCAACAAACUAUGCACUUAUAUGGUUGCAUGCAUUUACAUCUGAGAAGUUUAGCGCAGCAAUUAUGAUCAUAAACAUGAUUGCUCGCGUCAUCACAAGCAUACAUCUUUUAAGAAUAGGCCAAGCAAGAGGUGGAAGUUUAGCCACAAUGUUUACUACAAGUUCUGCAAUGGGCUUUGGUCGACAGGAUUACGAGGACAUAUCUCAUCCGAUUCCUCAAAAUUCCGAUUUUGCUGGAGUUUAA